AUGACCAACACCCACACACAGCAGAUGACCAAUGUAUCUGCAAAGAUAAUUGGUUCGCCUAUCAAAUACCUGUCAGACAUACGGAAGCUGAUGAAUAGCACUGGAUACCUGGAACGAAAGCGAAGCGGUGAUCAGGCCGAUGAUCCUUUGGUGAUACCAGACGACAGUCCACAGGCCGCACACAUGCCGGACAUGAUGGAGAUUGAGAUCAAACUGCACGAUACAGGUCAAGCUAGCCCACGAGGCGGCCUGAUGUGGCUGAAAGGCAACCUUGACACAUCAUCACAGGGCUCAGAGACGUUCAUGCUCGAUGGAACCUCGAUGUCACCCGAUCAAGGAAGGGAAAGCGAGCAUACUCCAGAAUCUCAGAAGCCGCUGUUGAGCGUACACACCUGUCAGAAGGCUGCUUCCCUUGCAGUUCCUAAAUCCAUCACGCGUAGCAGCAUCGUUGACCGCAAUGGCAGUCCUCGACUCUGCCCACAGAGGGUCGGGAAACCACAUCUGGUUUUGGACCGCUUCCUUCCUCAGAGUAUCAAAAUCGCUGAUUCCAGUUCGAGUGAAUACGAUGAAGACUCCGGUGACUAUUACUCUGAGAGCAAGUAUCAACUUGGAAAGACAUGGUCCAGAUUCAAACGCGACAUGUUCAUGGAAUAUGGGAUUGGGCCCGAAGAGCUAACACCGGUGAUGGCGGGAUCAAGCCUCUUCGGUGAUGACGUGAGAGUUGACUCCUGUGCGGAUAAAACUCACGCAGCCGCUACUGACGAGAACACCGACAUACUGCAUGAAGAUAAGCAUGAAGAAUGCAGUUUGAUUGAAAGGAGCGUCGCCCAUGAUGAUAGAGCAUCGACAAUCGCACCUUGCUUUAUCCCGAGGUCCAUGGACGAGCCAGGGAUGGAGGCCGAGGAUGAUGCUCAUAAUCUUGAAAAUCAUGAGAAGCGACUAUCUACAGGGGGCUCUGGUUCCGGGUCACAUCGUCUACUCUUGGAGGGCGACCUAGAUCAUAUGGAUUGGAUCCCAGAUUUACAGGCUGCGCAACAAAGUGCGCACGGACUUUUGCUGGAAACUAACCAGUAUCUGUCAAGCCAGCUUGUGGCCGAGCAGGACAGUAUUCGACAAGUGCUGCAGAUCUACCAACAAGGGUGUCAUCGCAUUCUCGAUAGCCUAUCCCGAGCACACGAAGUGCGAAUGCAGCUGUAUCGUCAGCAGAUGUCGUCCGUCAAGGAGCAGCACAACCAGAUCUGCCAGGAACUGAUUCAGGGUUUGCAAGAGCUAGACCAUCGGGUGCAACAGGAUCCGUAG